ACUUGAAUAGCACACAUGAGUUGCGUACUAAUCUCACCAGUGAGAAACUUGUUAUUCAGCCCAUGCGACCGCCCCUUAUGCUUAUCAUACUUAAUUAGAAUGGGAAAGAGAUCAUUUUCAGAGGCCAUGGAGGACGGAAUCACAACAGGCAAGCGCGCUGCCGCUGUCCAGGCAGUGGAUGAUCACGUUAGGGACAACCAAGUGGUUGGUAUUGGCAGCGGAUCUACCAUAGUGUUUGCAGUAGAGAGGAUAGUCCAGAGAGUCAAGGAAGAAAAACUCAAUCUUGUCUGCAUUCCAACCUCAUUCCAGGCUAAGCAGCUGAUACAGGAACAUAACCUGACGCUGGGGAGCUUGGAGAGAAAUCCAGAGCUGGAUGUUGCCAUCGAUGGAGCGGACGAGGCUGAUGCCAACCUGGACCUGAUAAAGGGGGGCGGAGGCUGCCUCACCCAGGAGAAGAUCGUGGCGUCCUGCGCCCGUGACUUCAUCGUUAUAGCUGAUUCCAGGAAAGAUGUUGACAAGCUUGGGACCACAUGGAAGCGAGGUGUCUCCAUUGAAGUCAUUCCACUUGCCUACAAGCCGAUCAAGUUGAAGAUUGAAAAACAGCUGGGUGGACUUGCUAACCUAAGGAUGGCGACAAAGAAAGCGGGACCAGUCGUGACAGACAAUGGCAACUUGAUCCUGGACUGGGUUUUUGAAGAAACAAAGACUUAUGACUGGGAAAAGGUCAACUUCACCAUCACAUCUAUUCCAGGAGUCGUUGAGACCGGUCUCUUCAUCAAGAUGGCCAAGAUGGUAUACUUCGGCACCACAGACGGAAAGGUGAAGACAAGGUCCGCACCGUGGUUGACACCAGAGACACAACCAUUAGCUCACAAGACUGAAGCCAAUGGAAGAAGCAAGUGAUGCAGAGGAGCUUGUUCAUCACCUGAUUUUAUUGCUCAUACAUGCUACACAGAACUCAUCGCUACGGAAACAUCUUGCCAAUCAUUAGCUAGUUUACAGUUAUGUACCUGCUCAAACACAUGCAAGGUUGUUCAUAAGUGUAGAUUGUCCACAUAUUGGUGUUAAAACAUAAUGUCAGUUGCCAGGGUUGACUUAAAGCAUGCUCUGGUCAAGUU